CAAGCGCUUGGUUGCAUCAAGAUAUUCGCCAACAUACCUUGGCUUUGCCCUUGCCAUUCUGCCAUAUCUACCGCAUACCCCAAAUUAAAAUAGUGAAGAAUUUAAAGAAAUAAACAAAAUUUAGCAUGGAAAACAAUAACGGACAGACAGUCAUACAAAUAUCUGUCGAGCAAUUAAAUUCACUUAUCGAUGCAGCAAAAACCGUAUCCACCGCCGCCACCACCAAGGGCUCGUUAAGCAACUGCACGAGCCACUUCCGCGGACAACGCGACCACGAGGCCGUCGAAGAGUUCAUCACCGCAAUUCUGACCUACAAAGAGCUUCAGUCGAUCAGUGAUGAAGAUGCACUCAAAGGACUAUCACUGCUGUUGCACGGUAUAGCCUCCACAUGGUGGCAAGGUGUACGUAAAGAAGCGAAAACGUGGACCGAUGCUAUCGCACUGAUCCGCCAACACUUCUCACCCACCAAACCAGCCUACCAAAUAUACAUGGAAAUUUUUAUCAAAAAGCAAGACGAACGCACUCCCAUCGACACCUUUGUCUGUCAGAAGCGUGCGCUGCUUGCACAGCUACCGGAGGAUCGUCACGACGAGGAGACUGAAUUGGAUUUGGUUUACGGCUUAUUGAACAUCAAAUAUCGUCGGCAUAUACAACGUCUGGAUAUCAAGACAUUCCGGGAGUUAUUGGAGAAAUGUCGUAUCAUUGAACACAAUAACUUGGAGUACGACACCGUGCAACUGUUGCAUGCCACUAAACGAAGCAAACGCUGCAGCCACUGUAACUUCCGUGGACACACUUACGAUGAAUGCCGAAAACGCAAAAACGAAAACGACGGCAAAACCGGCGAAGUCAGAAGCAGUUCCAAUGAGGCCAACGAAAACCAAUAAGCAGCCCUUAGUCAAGCCGUAAGACCACACACCAAAGCAAUAUAUUGUGUAUAAGUAAUUAUCAAAUAAUUUGUAAACUAACACUUUCAACAUUCACCCCACAUCGACAUCGCACAAAGUGUUUUACAAUUCUCUCGAAUUGAAUUGAGCUAUUGCUUCGGAGGGCAAAGUAUUCAACGCAGCAGUUUGAUGCGCCGUUUACUUUGCCCGAAAAACUAUGCAAGAUUCAAUGGAGAGGGAUUUGGUUACAUUUUGAACCCAUCAUCAAGCAAAAGCGCUUAAACGCCGUACCUCCACGGCUCAAAUUGGCCGACGAGCGCCAGCAUUCAUCUACGAUAAUUACGAGCUUCUGGAGAACUGAAUUCGGAGAAUAGUAUCCAGAGGUUCAUUACAAAUGAGCCAUCGUGAGCAUCAGUAACAAUUCGUCAUUUGUCUCAGUUAGUAUUUUUUACUGUUCUUCCAUUCGGCAAACAAAAUUGCAACUUUAACUUCAUAUCGUUUUUUUGGCGUCAACUCAGCUGUGUGCCGAGCAACUACAAUCGUUGUUAGGGUCGCAGCAACUCGACAUGUAUCUGAGUUGACGCAGUUUUCUAUGACAAGGAAAGGUUGUGGUUUUGUGUGAUGUAAUCGAAAAAAGUAAGUAAAGAAUGCUCUUGAGAAUAGUGACACAUUUCAAUUGCUGCAUGCUCAUGCGACUCAAAUGUCGCUGCAUUCAGCAGUCGAGUCCUGUAUCUCUGAAGAUACCUGGGAAGUUUCGUUUUGGUAUCUUUUGGGUAGCAGGUGCUCACAACUGAGUGUGGCGAUCUCCAACGUUGCAUAUUGCUGUCUACAAUUUUACGCUCUUUUACCGUUACACGCAUACUGAUGAUAUUGCAGAGGGAUUGGCGUUUACAUGGCCUCUCUUGUAUAGAUACGUGUGUGACAAGGCCGUUUCAUAAAAGGUGGAAGCAGCAGCUGGAAAUGAAAACUAAUUUAUGAACUUUAGAGUCCGGAACAAGAAGCUUGUGCCACCUUGUAUGUAUUCGCCUUGGCAUGUGCAUCUCACAGCAGACGUACAUGCAUAAGUAGGGUAUACGUAAUAUAUUCGAGAGCUGCAACGGUGAUCGUCAAUACCGCUGUCAUAUUAUAUUAUGUGUUAAGGGUAUAGAGCGCAAUAGUUUGGACAGCAAUUUUAUAUGUGACACACUUAAUUAGGCACUUGCAGGUGCGCCUUCCUUCAGAUAAGUACAGCGAUGGCUAGGCUUUCGCCAUUCGUACAGACGUUGACACGCCAAACUGCCGCUCAGCAGACCUGCACUGCGUCAGGUGUGUGGCACGUCAACUGCCGCAAUCCUUUCCUUGGUCUCUUAUUCGUCACAAUAUUCACAUGUGCAUCUCCAGAAAUGUUGUGACUGCCAUGGACCCCAGCUUGUUUAGUUCCACAUGUACUAUUCCCACACUAUUCGAUGACACUACCUCAAAAGGUGCUAGCGGCGACUCUGGCCAAUUAGUACCGUCAGCGAAAGCGCGCCAAAUAAUACUCUGGAGCAUCUGGCCCACAUUUCCGCUGUAUGGGCUAAUGGUCAGAGAGGUAGUCGGCUUAGGGCGUUUUCAGCGUCUGAUCUUCAGUUAUCGAGUACUGUGGGAAUUCGCAUGCGGAACUUCAACAAGCGAAAGACACUGUAAAACCUAUUUCCUUCUAACUAACUAAUAAAACCAUACAAACAAA